GCCCCGCGUUCACCAGACAAGGCGAACGGGGCGUCGUGCGUGGAUUCCGUGGCGCUCUUUCUCUCUACUCGCCUAUUAAAAGUACACCUUGGUAUAUAUACAAUAAGAAUAUACAACAUAAGCGCCGUUUCGAGUUAUUAAGUCCUCGCGCUAGUGUAUUAUAUACUUACCAGAGAGUGGAGGCUGCGAGGGAGCGUCCCUCAUGCUGCUCCGAAAUCGUCUGGUGCACAGGUGCACGUUGUGCAGCACAUUCCAUUGUAUAAGGAGGAUGUACAUCCUGUAUCGGGAGGACAUGCACACAGCAUACGUAUAUGCAUAGGAGUGUUUUUUUUUUUUUUUUUGUUUUUUUUUGCCUACCUGAGCAGUGCGUGAGAAAAUACAAAGAAGUGCGCGCGGAGCGGAACCUCGAGGAACUGUGCCAUAGGUAGCGCUUCGCGGAGCAGAGGAGCGGCGACCGGGGCCGGGAGAGGCAUUUCUCAGCCGUGAGUCACGCGCCUGUAUACCUGUAUGUGCAAGGGGCCGCCUGCGGAGCAACCUGCAGCGCAAAGACAGGAGGGGGGUAUAACAAUACCGGGGAGAGGACCCCCGAGCGACGAGUAGGUACUUGCGACGACGGCGACGACAACGACGGUAACAGCGACGACGGGGACGGCGAUGGUGAGCUCCCGAUCGCCGGUCCUGAGGAAUGAUGGCCUGCGCGGCCAGAGCGGCAAUGUUCUCGGCAUCAGUGGUGGGGACGCCGCCUCGCUAGACGUUGGGCCUCACGACAGCCAGCAGCUCAGCUCGUCGACCUGGAGCCGGAGCGAGCCCAGCUCAUUGACGUCGUUGUCACCGCGCGAGGACAGCGGCCCCUACUCGGCCAGUCCCCCGGAGGGGCGCACCGGCGACACUGGCCCCCGAGUCAAUGGGCACGCGGCCGUCGGCAACCUCGACGAGGAGCGCUUCGAAGCCUUUGGCGCCGUGGAGGACGCGGACUCGCCUGCCGCGUCCCCCACGGCCAACCCCGCCCACAGAAACCCGCGAAGUCCAAACUCAACGCUGCUGAACAGGCACUCGUGGCUUCGAACGUCUCUCGGACGCUCGUCAGCUGGCGCCAACAGGAAGCGGCUGAGUUCCAAUGCCUUGGCCAGUCAACUGUACAGGAGCAGCAGCUUCAAUAGCUCUGGACGAGGAUCUAUCUGUGAUACAGCUGAUGACGUGUAUAGUUCCCUCGAGGAUGGAAACGUCAUUGAGGAUGUCAUCGACCUGAAUCAGAGAGUUCAAAUGAUACAAGAACAAAUGCACGCCCUCGUGGACACGCAGUCAGCCGGUGAGGAGAGGUACGCCCGCGUCAAGCAGGAAAACGCCACCCUCCAGGCGAGAAUACUCAUGCUGGAAGAAACCGCCCGAGACGCCGAGGCCAGGGCCGAGGAGAAACUCGACUCGGAGCAACGGAGGCACCGAGAACUGGCGUCGCGGCUAGAACGCGAGAAAGAGCUGCAGCUCGAGAACUACGCGAUAAAGCUGCAGGCCGCAGAGCUAGAGAGCUCGAGGAGGAUGGACGAGGCGGUGCGGCUUCGGGGCGAGCUCGACAAGCUCCGGCCAAAGUUUGCCGAGCUGGAGGCCGCUCUCGAGGACGCGCAGCAAGAUCUCGAAAAGGCGAGGGACGCCGAGCGACGUACCGGUCUCACUCUCGCGGAGGUGGAGCGCGAGAAGAAGCUGCUCCUCGAGGAGCUUGCGCGCAAGGCCGACCUCGAGCGCAAGUUGGAGGAGAUGGCCGACGAGAUGGACGGCCUCAGGACUCGCUACAAAGAUUUGGAGGAGUCUAGAGACGAGAUGCAAGCAGCGGCCGCGGCUCUGCAGGCGGGCCGUCAGCUCUUGAUGCCAGAGGGGCAGGAUCCAAACGACAAUACGAUCGGGAGGAAGAGCAGUCCGAAUCUCGCUACGGAAUUGCGACUGACCGGAUCCGCUCACGAUCAGGCUGACUGUGCUGAUACUGGAAAGCCCAGUGCCACGGAUAUUUGCGAUAAUUUUACGACCCUCGCCGAGGCUAAGCAAGCUCUGAAAGAACAGCGAGAGGUCAACACGCGCCUUCGAUCCUACAUCGACAACAUCCUCUUGAACAUCGUCGAAAACUAUCCUCAGCUACUGGAAGUGAAGCAGCCUCACUGACGCAGGUCUGUUGACGCGCGUGCUGUGGUUGGGCCUCGGUUCAUCGACAGUAUGCAGCGUGUGAGGAGCGGUGCUGCUGGAAAAUUUGUCGAGAUCGAUACGAGCAAAAGGGAUCACGACCACCAAAACUGUAAAAAAUGCCCACCCGUGAGCCGGUACUGAUAAUACGGCCUGGUUUCUGAUAUUUCAAACAUGACAAGUUUGUUGAGAAGAAGAAGAAAAAAAAAGUUAAAGAUAAAAUGUAUACACUAUUUGAAAACCUGCAUCAGGUUUGUUGCAAAAUCUGUGAUGGGACUGAGCUUCGUAUUUCUGUACAUACAAUAAUUAUAAAUCUCAUUAUUACCAUUACUGUUUUAAUGUAAGUUUUAUUAUUAAAAAGCGACUAUUUUUCAUCAUUAUCAAUUUUAUUUCAUUGGUUGCGACUUAUUGACCUAUCAAGUUGAUCGAUCCUACUUAUUACUUUGUUAAAUUUUCCAUGAAUCUAUCAGAAAAUUUGU